UCAGAGAGACACCAUAACCUCACUGACUAUCCAAAAAACCUGUAAGUCCUAUUCAAACCCAAGUUCAAGAUGAUGAUUGGAAAUCCAAAUCCAACGGUCCAAGUGCCUCCGUGGGACCCAUUCGACGAUCAAGCGUCUCAGAUUUCGUCCCCAUUAGCAAACUUCUCCGUCAACUAUAACGCCAAUGCCGGUAACGGAGACCACUCUCUUUUGCUUGACUCCUUCGCUGCCCUCCACCGUUACUUGCCGUCGAACGAGAACGACGAGUCGUACUCGUUUUCGGACGUCGUACAGGACGCGUUCUCGUGCGACCAUUUUCGGAUGUACGAGUUUAAGGUUCGGAGGUGCGCACGUGCGAGGUCGCAUGAUUGGACGGAGUGUCCGUACGCGCAUCCUGGUGAGAAGGCUCGUCGGAGGGACCCACUGAAGUAUCACUAUUCCGGUACGGCGUGUCCUGAGUUUCGCAAAGGGAAUUGUAAGAAAGGGGACUCGUGCGAGUUCGCACAUGGGGUUUUCGAGUGUUGGUUGCAUCCGAAUCGGUAUCGGACUCAGCCCUGUAAGGACGGACCGAGUUGUGGUCGGAAAGUCUGUUUCUUCGCCCACUCGCCGCAACAACUCCGAGUCUUGACUCAACAGAGUGGAAGGGAAAGUGGGUCGAAGUUUGUUUCAUCGCCCACUUCGAUUCUGGUGUCGCCACCGGUUUCUCCCCAGUCUGACUCGCCGCCCUUGUCGCCGACUGAAGGCGGACUCGGUGGGUUUGGAUCGGGAAAAUCGGUGAGCGAACUCGUUGCUUCUAUGCGGAAGAUGAAAAUGGGCGGUUGUGGCGGUUGGGGGAAUCAAGUGGGGUCAGUUUCGCCAUCUGGGUACGGGUCGCCCCGUGCGUCGAUUGUCCGACCCGGGUUCUGUAGCACGCCUUCGACUCCGACUCGGAGCGUGACUCGUUCUGGGCUCGGUCCAUUUGACCUGUGGGAAACGAAGUGUGAGGAAGAGCCAGCGAUGGAGAGGGUGGAGUCUGGGAGGGGCUUACGAGCCCAGAUGUAUGCUAAACUCAGUAAGGAGAACUCGCUCCGACGAGUUGACUCGGCCGUGUCUGGUCCUGAUUUUGGUUGGGUGUCGGAGUUGGUUAAGUGAAUUGACUCACCGAGUCAUUUCCGUUUUUAAGUAUAUAUAUCUUUUUGGGGUUUAAGAAAUCGGUGGCCUAUGAUUCUUCUGACUCUGUAAAUAUUAUGUUGAUUUUGGACAUUUUUCACUGUAUAUGCUCACUGGGCUGGGAAGAGAGAUCCGAGUCUCUGUUUUGUGGUUCUUCCCCCAAGAUAAAAAUGGCAACUCUUUUUGUACAGACUAAGAAGGAUUUCUCAGACUGCCGAAGAAUGAGUAGCAUUUGGUUUGAUCAAUCUGUCUAUGAUUUGUAUUUUUAACUUUCUGGAUUCUCUGUCUAAUUUUCUCGGAGUAUUAUCAUAUCAUUGUACAUGUUUUUGGCAAUUAAAUGUAUUGUUACAUAUUAUCUUCA